GAAGAGAUAUGGGAGAGUGGAAGAGUGUAGAAUGAGAGGAAAACAGUUUUCUCUUCCACCGACUGCCCCGCCAUUGGGUGGUGUGAGGUAAUGGUGGGGCAGAGCUCCAGCGCAUGCAUGACGGAGAUGUUAUGUAAGCCUGACCAACAUGAACGUCACCUCCUUCGCCUUUCCUCUCUGCAUAAUCAAGCUGGAAAUGUACCCUCCGCACUGCUCGGUGGUGUCGACCAUAGGCUCAGCUUCAUGUCCGGCCAAAAGCUUGCAAGCAUGCAUCCAUACCGCACACCACCACGAAUGCAGCAGCCUACAUAUUCACAGCAUCACAUCGGGAAUGCUAGCCCAUUCCGGCAUCUCCCGGAUGCGAGGAGACGGUGCAAAGCCAAAGCAACACCGGACCUCAUGCUCGACAGUGAGUACUGUAUACAGAGGCUACGCUGAGUUAUGUAAGCCGCGCGGCAUGUCUUCUUACGCAGCGAGA